AUGAAAUGCUCUUCUGGUUGUUGUGUUGGUAAGCUAGAUCCUUCUUCUUGGUCCAGCAGCAUCACCAGGGAAAAGAUGAGCAACAAAAAUGAUUCCGAAAGGCGGUACCGGGAUGAAGAAGGCAGUAGCAGCAGCAGUAGUACUAAUGGAAGCUCCUCAAGAGAUCUCAACUUGAGGAAUCUCUCAAAGAUUAUACUCCCACCGUUGGGUUCUUCAUCAGGUAGUUUCAACAGCCAAACUCAAGCUCAGCUCAAGAAAAAGAUCAUUUGUCCCAUGGAUUCAAGAUACAGGUGUUGGGAGACGUUGAUGGUGAUGUUGGUGGGAUAUUCGGCAUGGGCGUGUCCAUUUGAGAUUGCAUUUCUGCAUUCACAUCCCAAGAGAGGACUGUAUAUCGCUGACAAUAUUGUGGAUUUGUUCUUCGCAGCGGACAUUGCCUUAACGUUUUUGGUGGCAUAUAUUGAUCCCAUUACCCAAUUGCUUGUUGUUGACAAGUCCCAAAUUGCUAAAAGGUAUCUAUCGACAUGGUUCAUAAUGGACGUGGCCUCAACAAUUCCAUUUGAACUAUUGGGCGUGUUGAUCACUGGGAAGCAUCAUCACAUCAGUCUCACUUCUUCUGUUUUAGGAAUGCUCCGACUCUGGCGUAUUCGCCGCGUCAAGAGCUUUUUCAAAAGGCUAGAAAAGGACAUCAGGUUCAGCUAUUUUUGGGUCAGAUGUGCAUGGCUAUUAUCAGUGACAGUGUUUACAGUGCAUUGUGCUGCUUGCCUAUCUUACUUGCUGGCGGAUCGGUAUCCUCAUCAAGGCAACACUUGGAUUGGAACUGCCAUUCCUAAUUUCAAGGAAACUAGUCUGUGUUUUCGAUAUGUUUCUGCAAUUUACUGGUCUCUGACCACCAUGAGUACUGUUGGUUAUGGUGAUAUCCAUGCAGUCAACUCAGUGGAGAUGAUAUUCAUUAUCUUUUAUAUGCUGUUAAAUCUUGGUUUAACUGCUUACAUCAUAGGAAACAUGACUAAUUUGGUCGUGGAGGGCACACGUCGCACAAUGGAGUUUAGGAAUAGCAUUGAAGCUGCAUCAGAUUUUGUGAACCGAAAUUGCCUGCCACCGAGGUUGAAAGAGCAGAUACUAGCUUAUAUGUGUUUGAGGUUUAAAGCUGAGAACUUGAAUCAGCAAGAGCUCAUUGAACAGCUACCUAGAAGUAUUUGCAAGAGUAUCCGCCAGCAUUUGUUUUUGCCAACUGUUGAGAAAGUUUACCUUUUUGAGGAUGUUUCUAGGGAAAACCUUUUGCUCCUGGUGGCGGAUAUGAAGGCCGAAUAUAUCCCCCCUAGAGAAGAUGUCAUAUUGCAUAAUGAAGCACCUGAUGAUGUAUACAUUAUUGUAUCCGGAGAAGUGGAAAUCAUCAAAUGUGAGAUGGAAAAAGAGAGCGUAAUCUGGAGUUUAAAAUCAGGAGAUAUGUUUGGAGAAGUUGGUGCAUUUUGCUGCAGGCCUCAAUGCUUCACUUAUCGAACCAAAAUGCUUUCGCAGCUGUUGAGGGUGAAAACUAGUGCGCUUAUUCAAGCUAUGAAGAGCAAACGUGAAGAUAAUGUUGCAAUGAUAAAGAACUUUCUAAGGCAUCAUAAAAACCUGAAAGACUUGCACCUUGGAGAUUUAUUUCUCGAAGGUGUUGAAGAAGAUGGCGAUCCCAACCUGUCGAUCAACUUGUUGUCAGUUGCAAGUACAGGUAAUGCUGCCUUUCUGGAUGAACUCCUCAAAGCAGGAUUGGAUCCAGAUGUUGGAGAUUCAAAAGGCAGAACACCACUGCACAUAGCAGCAACAAAAGGGCAUGAAGAAUGUGUAAUGGUUCUCCUCAAGCAUGCAUGCAAUAUCUACCUGCAGGAUGUGGAUGGAAACACAGCAAUUUGGGAAGCAAUAGCAGGACAGAAUCAAGCUGUGUUUCGGAUUCUCUACCAUUGGGCUUCCAUUUCUGAUCCCUAUGUUGCUGGUGACCUGUUAUGCACAGCAGCAAGGAAAAAUGAUGCCACAGUAAUGAAAGAGCUUUUGAAGCAUGGACUACAUGUAGACUCAAAAGAUCGCCACGGGAUGACUGCUAUCCAAGUUGCAAUGGCAGAAAGCCAUAUGGACAUGAUCAAGCUUCUUUUGAUGAAUGGAGCUCAUAUUGAUGAUACCUUCAAAUACAGGCUUUCGUCUAUGAAUUUAAAUGAAAUGCUAGAGAAAAGAGAAUUAGGACAUCGAAUUACAGUGCCCGAAACACUUGAUCAAGAUGGCUUCCUAUGGAAUGAAGAAAAACAAGAGCAUGACAUGAAAAGUUCUAAAGGCUCAUCUGCUUCAGGAUUGAACAUCAGGGUGAGUAUCUAUCGAGGACAUCCGAUGAUCAGGAGAGAUACUCGUUGUAGUGAACCUGGAAGGUUAAUCAGGCUGCCAAAAUCACUAAUAGAGCUCAAAAUCAUGGCAGGUGAAAAGUUUGGAUUUGAUGGAACAACUGCAAUGCUGAUAAAUGAAGAAGGAGCUGAAAUAGACUCCAUUGAAGUGAUAAGGGAUAAUGACAAAAUCUUUCUAAUUGAAGACCCCAAUUUUAUGUUGCAACAUUAUAUGACUUCAAACAAGACUUGA